AAAGUACUUUUUACUUCUUUCGAUCCUCAAAAUCUCAAACACCUUCUAAACGACGCCGUUUUGCAGCAACUACUGCCAAAAAUUUCCCUAAACCCUAGCUCAGAAUUCCCUUUCGCACUUCCAAGAAAAGGGAGCUUUUUCACACUCACCAUGUCCUCCGAAGACAUAGGUCUCGUACCCGACCAGAGGAUCGAAACUGGUCUCAGCUCCUCACUCGUUUUUCAAGACGAAACCUUGCGCUUCAGCUGCGGGGGCCCGCAGCGUCGGGUCGGGGACCCGGGCCCGAAGACCCGGGAUCUUGGUGGGUUCAUCGAUGACAAGAUGUUCUCCAUGGAGCGCGACCGGUACUUCGCCGCACAGGGCUCUGAGUUCCGCCGGAGCGUCUACGGCGACUGCUCCGGCCGCCGUGAUCCGCCGGGAGCACGCAAUUGGAGUAGGAAUGGUGGCGCCAACACUCCAAGCGGCGACGAAUCCGACGGGGAUGAUGACGAAGAUGAUGACGAGGAUGACGAUGACGACGAUGAUGUCGAAGGUGAUGAAGGGCUUGUUGGUGUUGGUGAUGGAAGCAAGCGCAAUUCCAAUCCGAUUCUUGACAUUAACGGUAGCAACGGUAGCAACGGUGGUGGCGGUGGUAGUUUGGGUGGUGUUACUGCUGCAGAGCGGAUGGCAAAUGGGAAAGGACAGCAUCAUUCGUCUUAUGUUUCUACUAGAGAAAUGUUGGGGAAGGAUGGUGAUAUGGGGCAGCUGGUGCAUAACAAUGCGAGUGGUACUGAUGAAGAUCAUCAUCAGAGAGAGAGAUUGGGUAAAUCACAGAGUGCUGUAACCAUUGCUGAAACUGAUUGUGAUGAGUACUAUUCACAUUAUCUUCAUGGCACGGAAGGAUCGGGUUCUGUGCAGAAAGUUAUGGUGGAUGAGAAUGGUUGUGGGUUUAGUGGAAGAAAGGACGUUCUGUUUUCAAGCGAGUCAGGGGAGUCGUUGAGGGCAAUUCUUUCUGAUCCUGUUACAGGUGCACUUAUGGACGAUGCCAUGAUAUUACCUUGUGGGCAUUCAUUUGGUGGAGGUGGAAUACAGCAUGUUAUUAGAAUGAAAGCUUGCUGCACCUGUUCUCAACCCACGUCCGAGGAAUCAAUAUCUCAAAACCUAUCACUUCGAGCUGCUGUGCAGGCAUAUCGGCGUGAAGAGGAGUCACAAUUUUACCGGUCAUCUAAAAGACGAAGAGAGAGAUUUGAUCAGGGUGGUUUUGGAGAUUCAGCUGUUGUAGAACCACCAAGGGGGAGAGGUGUUCAAUUUCCUUUUGCUGUGAUGGACCGUGUUAUCAUAAAGGGAAACAAGAGGACACCGCAACGCUUUGUUGGGCGUGAAGCUAUUGUAACAACACAAUGCCUUAAUGGAUGGUAUGUGGUGAAGACACUGGACAAUGCAGAGAGUGUGAAAUUACAGUAUCGGUCCCUUGCUAAGGUUUUGGAUGAUUCUUCAAAACCUUCCUCCACCAAGAUGCCACCUAAUUGGCGUUAGUUCUGAGCCAUCAAAUGUAGCUGAUCAUACUUCUAUACCAACAUGAUUGUGCUUUCGAAAUCCCAGUGUUAGUGUUCCUUGUUGCAAUAAAACCGUGGUAGCAACAGAUCGUGUAAAUAUAGAAAGCCUUGUGCUUUGUGUUCCUUAAUAUUUAUGAUUGUAUUUAAUGUAAUCAUUUUGUUAUACAUAGAUAAUAUUAGAUACGCUAACAGAUUUAUAGUAAAAAAUGAAGAUGAUUAUUUGGUUUCAGUUUA